CGCGUGAGCAGGACUUUUAUUUUGAUCCGGUGGCGUGACGUCAUCAGGCUGCGUCGCGAGAUUCAGCUGAAGAAAGGACAAAGUGUUCAAACACAGGAAAAACUCCUCUUGGAUUAACUGAGAUCCACAUGACACUAUUAUAAAGAUGGUGUUUAUUAAAGAGGAGAGUAAAGACAUGAUGAUCGAAGAAACGUUCAGAGGCAAACAUGAAGAUACUGAGGAACAAAUAAAGAUGGUGUUUAUUAAAGAGGAGAGUGAAGACAUGAACACUUUCAGAGUCAAACAUGAAGAUACUGAGGAACAAACAAAGAUGGUGUUUAUUAAAGAGGAGAGUGAAGACAUGAACGCUUUCAGAGGAAAACAUGAAGAUACUGAGGAACAAACAAAGAUGGAUUUUAUUAAAGAGGAGAGUGAAGACAUGAACAUUGAAGAAACAUUCAGAGUCAAACAUGAAGAACAAACAGAGUUGACUGAAGAAAAAGUGGAGAAUGAAGAAUCCAGGGAAGUUGAGGAAAAAAAUGUCAAAAUUGGAGAAAAAGAUUUGAGUUGCUCUCAAACCAAACAGAAAGAUUUAAUAAGCACAGGAGCCAAGAAAUCUUUCAUCUGCACUCAGUGUGGAAAAAGUUUCACACGCAAUACACUUCUUGAGCGUCACAUGAGAGUUCAUACGGGAGAGAAACCGUACACUUGUGAUCAGUGCGGGAAGAGUUUCUCACAAUCAGCAAACCUUAAAGAACACAUGAACAUCCACACUAGAGAGAAACUGUGCACAUGUGAUCAAUGUGAAACAUUUUUGUGGGCUUCAGACCUGACGGGACACCUGAGAGUUCAUACAAAGGGGAAGCCUUAUUCAUGUCAUUUUUGUGGUAACGGUUUUUUGUGUCUAAAAGAUUUGAAAGAACAUCAGAACACACAUACUGUUGUGAGAGAGCGCAUGUGCUUUGAGUGUGAAAAGACUUUUACUUCAGCAGAGUGUUUAAAACUGCAUGAGAAGAUUCACACUGGAGAAAAACCUUAUAAGUGUUCACACUGUGACAAGACAUUCGGUCAUUCAUCACAUCUGAAAACACAUGAGAGGAUCCACACUGGAGAGAAACCUUACGAGUGUUCACACUGUAACAAGAGAUUUAGUCGAUCAACACAUCUGAAAAGACACGAGAGGAUCCACACUGGAGAGAAACCUUAUAAAUGUUCAGACUGUGACAAGAGAUUUAUUCAGUCACGAGACCUGAAAAGACACGAGAGGAUCCACACUGGAGAAUAACCAUAUCACUGCACUGCAUCAAGCAAUAAAAUAUCAGCGGGAUAAAUCUGUUCUAACCAGUCAUUACAAAUGACAUGACAAAUAAGCAUUAUCUAAAGUUUUCACAGUGAAUAAAGUUCCCUGUCGAUACUUCACUCGUACUGCGUCUGCUAAAAUUUGCAAAGUUGUGAUAAAUGUGGUUUUUGUUUUGUCAUUAUGGUGAGUGGGGUGUAAUUUAUGUGGGGGGAAAAAAUGAAUUUAUAGCAGUUUAACAUAAUAACGCAACAUAACAAAAUGUGAAAAAAAUGAAGGGGUAUGAAGACUUUCUAUAGGCACUGUAUAUAGGGCUGUACGUUAACUUGUUUUGCACAUAGCACUGGUGUGCUCUUUUUUUUAUUUUAAGUAUAAAAUAAAAAAGAAUGGCAGACAUUUAGGCCAAAGUUGGCGUAGAUAAAAAUCUUUGUCAUUGUUUUAUCUUUGUUAUUAGAAAAUAAGAAAAAAAUAAAGUUUUUAUUUUUUAUUAAUAUUAAAGGAAUAGUUCACCCAAAAAUAAAAAUUCAGUCAUCUGUCUGUCAAUUCUGUCAAGUUUUUUUAAAAACCUGAAUUAGUUUCUUUCUUCUGUUGAACAUAAAAGUUAUUUUGAAGAACGAGGGAAACCAAACUGUUGCUGGUCCACAGUGACUUUCAUAGCAUUUUUUCCUACUAUCAAAGUCAAUAGGGACCAGCUACUGUCUGGUGACCCACAAUCUUCAAAAUAUCUUUGUUUGUGUUCAGCACAAGAAAGACACUAAUACAGGUUUGGGACAACAUGCGAGUGAGUAAAUAAUGACAGAAAUUAUAUUUUGGGUGAACUAUCCCUUUAAUGAGAGUCAGCAACAUGUUAAGUACUGUCCCUUUAAGACCUGAUUAAGAUUUACAUAAUCAUCCAUUUAUACACAAGUUUACGCGCCCAAUCCCGGGCGGCGCCAUUACUCUACACAAAUGCACUUCAUUUCCGCCGGAAGUAGUCUGCCGGUGUAAACAGCGAUUACACAGCGAUUAUGAUGCUAGCUUGGGAACACGGUUCUACUAUUUUGACUGGAGAAGGCGUUACUCUCCCCCACCCGAAUUCAGUGCAGAACUGGGAGGAUAACGUGACGACGUGGCCCAGCAUAACCUACAGCAAGAUUUGCUCCUACUUCAUGGAAUCCAUGGCAAUAGAUGGAAAAGCAAUGGACAAUCUGAAAGCCUCCGAGGCAUAUCAAUAUCUGCACAGCAACAAAGUCGGUUGUGUCAUGUCAUACAAACAUGAUCGUUUUGUUUAUUUAAAAGAUAAAUAUCUCAGCAUUUUAAAACCAAAAUAAAUUGCAUUACAUUAUCUCUUUAUGCUGUGCAAUAUAUCAG